AUUUUAUCAAUUAGAUGAAAAGAAAAAGACUAAAAAUUAGUGGAACGUUAUCUUUUUAUUCUUCGAUAAGAAAUGGAAAUGUCCGGUGUAAUUUUGAAAUAUCGCAAGAUAAUGCUAUGUCCGCUUUAUAAAAGAUGAAUAAAAAGACACUUUUUUAUAAGUGUUUUUUGUUUUUUUUUUUGAAAAAAAUGUUUAAAAUCAUUUUUUUGCUACUCUGUGGAUUUUUAUUGGUGAUAUCUCAUAAAUCAUCUUCAUUAAAAAUUUCUUCAAUUCGAACAUCGAAAAUAAUUAAUGGUCAUUUAACAACAAUAGAAAAAUUUCCAUUUUUGGUAUCACUACAAUAUAAUGGAACAUUUUUCAAUCAUUCAGUCGUGCACUUUUGUUGUGGUAACAUUAUUAGUGAAUAUUGGAUUCUGACAGCGGCACAAUGCAUGAAAGCAAGAAACAUUAAUAAUUUUCAUAUUAGAGGUGGAUCAACGAAAUAUUUUAAGGAUGGUGAAGUAUAUAAACCAGCUGAAAUAAUAAUCCAUCCAAAAUUCAUUGACGCACAGAUUGGCUAUGAUAUAGCUCUGAUUAAAUUAUCUACAGGUGUGCUUUUUAACGAUAGGAUAAAACCUAUUAAACUGCCAACAGCGGAUAUGAUUAUAAAAGACAAUACUCUACUUGACAUUGCUGGUUGGGGUAAAUUUGAUGAAAUACAUCUUUUAUCAAACUCUCUUCGUGAAACACAAGUUGCUAAAAUUAAUAAUAGAGUUUGUGAAUAUGUUUAUGGAAAUGGUUCAAUUAAAGAGGAUACUUUUUGUGUUUACAAAAAUGGUUACGGUCCUUGUGUUGGUGAUACUGGUUCUCCAGCUAAACUGAAUGACAUACUUUUUGGUAUGGCUUCUUGGAGUUAUUCAUGUGGCUAUAAUUAUCCUACUGCAUACACAAAUCUAUUAUCAUAUAUAACUUGGAUUAAAAAUGUAACGGGCAUUGUUUAGUCAAAUUUUUAUUAAUAAAUUUAAUAAUUUAUAAAA